AUGUCCAGCAAGAACCUGUUCGAUGUCAAGCACCAGCUCACUUUCUACGGUGCUUACCACUCCAACUCCACAAAUGUCAUGAUCCAUAUCAGACUGAUUAUUGCGAGUGCCCAAGUUAUGCUCGCUCAAUUGCCGGUCCCGUCCUUCUUGCCCUCGAUGCAUUACGUCUUGUCGAAGUACCUCAUCUUCGAUUUGAACUACUCGUCCAUCCUCGCGGCUGUCUAUCUGGCGUACUAUUAUAUCUUGGAGCCUACUGCCGCUUUCCUCUACACUCCCCAGUUCAUUCUCUCGACUCUAACCGCUAACGCGAUUGCCGGAGGAGGACAUCUGCAACAAAUUGCUGCACUUCACGGAGUUUGCUGGGUGGCGCAAUUCGUGGGACACGGUGUGGCUGAGAAGCGUGCCCCGGCUUUGCUCGAUAAUCUUGUCGGAGCGAUUGUGCUCGCUCCCUUCUUUGUCCAUCUCGAGAUGCUGUUCUUUCUGGGUUACAAGCCCCAGAUGCAUAAAGAGCUGAACAAUGCUGUCGGUGUCGAGAUCGCUCGCGUGAAGAAGGCUGAAGGCGACAAACGUCGUGCAGCUGCGGCCAAGGUCCAGUAGUCUGUUGUUCAGUCAACAUGACGAUACAGAAUCUUUCACAUGUUAUUGCUUUGUAUCUUUCGAGUGUCUUGUACAAC